AUGAGCAAUGGAAGCACUACUGUUCUGUCUCUCUCUUCAUCAGACACUGUAUCAACACUGAGACAGCAAAUUGCUGAAUUCCUGGAGGCUGAUAUUGAUAGCUUUUCAAUGACCAGUGGGUAUCCUCGUACAGACCUCACGCCUGAGCUUGACGAUACUUCCCUCAGUGACCAUGGGCUAGCACCUUCUGGUGUAGUCAUAGUAAAAUUUAACAACAAAGGUGGUUCCUUGUUUUCACCAAGUGGCGAUGGAGGAGUGUUAGCAACAGUCUGGGGUCUGUUUGCUGCCAUUAUACAGUUUAUUGUAAUGAUAUUUAAAUACAUUAAGGACAGUAUAUUUGGUAGUGGGUCUGGAUCAACAUCUCAACAAUCUUCACAAAGAAGUUCCAUCAAUCGUGGCAGUAACCAACGUUUCAGGAAGUUCAAUCAAGAUGAUUUCAAAGAUGAUGACGAUGAGAAAAGGAAAGAAACGUACAAUGGAAACUCAACGCAACAGCUGUAGCACACGCACUGUUACCCUGCCAGAUAACAUUAUGGACUAUAUGCAUGCUUGUUAACUUGUGAUAUAGCGUGUAAUUAUUUUGUUAAAAUAACUUGAUUCACACACAAGUUCUAAAGUUUAAAAUGGACUCUUUUCUUCUUAA